ACAUUAAAAACGUGAACGCCAGGAUGGGAAAAUAUGGAAAAAUAAAUAAUAAUCAAGGUUUUGGUUUCCUCGAGUGCCAUUACAAUCCAAACCCUCGAUCUCUCUGCCUUUCUUUCACCGGAGAGUGGCUUCACCGAUCGGACAUACCCAACGGUGAAUUUCCGGUGAAGGAAUCUUAGUACCUUCCGAAAAGAGGUAAGCUCUCCUGAAUCUUUUCUAUUAUCUGAGGGUGAGGUUUUGAUUGUCGUCAAACGGAUUGUCAGCAUUCGGAUUCUUUUUCUUCAGAUCUGGCUGAUUUGGUUUGAGAGAGAACUAGGGUUUCAAUUGAUUUACUUGGUAUCAAUUUGAAGGUAGAUAUUUGGAUUUAGAACCUUUAUUUUGUGUAUUGGAUGUAGAUGGAAGAGGGAUUGAGAUCUGAUCGUCCUUCAGGGCUUGUGGUGAAGAAUAGGAGCUCAUCAGGUUGUUUAAUUGUUAGAAAGAAAAGUGUUGAUGGAGUGGGUGGGGUUGGUCCUGCUGGUUCUCGAAAGGUUUUCGAGUCGAAGAAGCAGAAGAAGAGGUUGAGUUUGGUUUUGAGCGAUUCGGGCUCAAGUGACGAGCUUUUUCCGGUCCCUCAAAGAAGGGUUGGCCCCGAAACUAUAAGGGUCUGUAGUGGAUUAUCCACUUUUGAAAAGGAUAUUGUAGAUGAGAGUGAAAUUGGUAGAAAGAGGGAUAGGUUGGACCAUACGAGACAUUAUGAAGAGGGUAUGACUGGUAGGAAUGGUUUUGACGAGAGCAAAAGUGAGAGAGGUAACUUGGACAUAUUUGAGUUUGAUGAGUAUGAUGGGUUUGGUGGACAAAGAAUGCGGAGGAAACAUUUCAAUGACAGUGGAAUCAAAGUUGGGGGAAGAAGGUUUUUGGGAUCAAUGGACAUGGCCCGGAGUGGAAUUGAUAGGGAAUAUGAAACUGGGUCGAGUAGACAUGGUGUUUACAAGAGAAAGAAUUUAUAUUGUGACCCUUCAGGUGGCUUGAAUUUAGGAGAUAGUGUUGAUAAUACUAGGGUUAAGAUGAAUAGGGAUGGAACUCAGCUACCCCUCUUGCUUUUAAGAGAAAAAUUAAUGGGCCAUUCAGAUAAACCCAUUAGAGUCCAGGGCAAAAAUGGUGUUUUGAAGGUGAUGGUAAACAAGAAGAAGAGGUUUGGUGGGCCGUUGGAAGAUCUUGAUCACCACAUUGCUGAGGAAAGUAGAAAGGGUUCAAGGAUUGAAGAUAUUGCUAAGAGGAAUGCAGUGAUUCAUUCAUCAUCAUACACAGAGAAAAAACUUGAGAAACCAGGUUUAGUUUUCCAUUCAGAAAAAAGUCAGAUGGCUUUGCAGAAAUCAUUAUCAAGUAAGAAUGGUAAGGAUGGUGAAUGGGAUUCAGAGAACAGUGAUGCGUCAUUGAAGCUAACAUUGAAAAAUGUGGAAGCUAAUAGUUCUAAAAAGAGGAUAAUAAGUGAAGAAGAAAAGACUUAUCCAUCAUUGAAGCUAAGAUCGAAGAAUGUGGAAGCUCAUAGUUCUAGAAAGAGAAUAAGAUGUGAAGAGGAAAAGACUCCUCCAUGUGAGAACCUCCCACAGGCUAUAAUCAAAGAAGGAAAAGCUAGGCGUGGUAGUGGCACAGAGAAGCAAAAGCUGCGUGAACGGAUUAGAGAGAUGCUUCUGAGUGCUGGCUGGACAAUAGAUUACAGGCCUAGGAGGAACAGAGACUAUCUAGAUGCGGUGUACAUUAACCCCUUGGGAACAGCAUACUGGUCAAUCAUCAAGGCCUAUGAUGCAUAUCAAAAGCAAUUGAAAGAUGAGGAUGGUGAGGCUAAACCCAGUGGGGACUGUUCUUCAUUUUCUCCCAUAUCAGGUGAGAUACUUAGCCAAUUAACUAGGAAAACUCGAAAGAAAAUUGAGAAAGAAAUGAAAAAGAAGCAAAGAGAUUGCAGUGACAGUGACAAUGCAACAGAAGCUGCUGAGAAAAGAUUUGCAAGUACCAAGCGUGAUGUGGAGAGCAUGGACAGUAUUAGUCAUGAAGAGAAACUAAGCUCCUUCAUAAAGCAGGGUGGUAAAUCAUUGAAGAAUAGAAUGACUGAAAAUGGCUCUGCCAGUGUCAACUCAAAAUCAAAAGGUCAGAAUGCUAAAUAUAUGCAUGAUGGCAUUGAAAAACCAUCCUCUGGAUCCAACCCUCGUAUGCCACAUGCAAGAAAAAGUAGAAAACUUGGCAGAUGUACCUUGUUGGUUCGUAGUUCUAACAAGGCACAAAGCUCUGAAGCUGAUGGUUUUGUUCCAUAUACUGGAAAACGGACACUGCUUUCGUGGCUGAUUGACUCUGGAACUGUGGGAUUAAGCCAAAAGGUGCAGUAUAUGAACCGCCGGCGGACUCGAGUAAUGCUGGAGGGUUGGAUUACACGAGAUGGCAUUCACUGUGGUUGCUGUAGUAAAAUCCUCACAGUUUCAAAGUUUGAGAUUCAUGCUGGGAGCAAAUUGCGCCAGCCAUUUCAACACAUAUAUCUGGACUCUGGGGUUUCUCUUUUGCAGUGCCAGAUAGAUGCAUGGAAUAGACAAGAAGAUUCUCUACGCAUUGAUUUUCACUCUAUAGACACAGAUGGAGAUGAUCCAAACGAUGACACUUGUGGCAUCUGUGGAGAUGGUGGGGAUUUGAUCUGUUGUGAUGGGUGUCCAUCAACGUUUCAUCUGAGUUGCUUGGAUAUACGGAUGCUUCCACCCGGCGAUUGGCACUGUCCAAAUUGCACAUGCAAAUUUUGCGGGGUUGUUAGUGGGAGUGGUGCUCAAGGAGAUGCCUGCGCACUCCUCAAAUGCAGUGUGUGUGAGAAAAAAUAUCAUAAAUCAUGCAUGCUGGAGAUGGAUGUUAUUCAUGUUGAUUCUUCUAGUUUAGUCUCUUCAUUUUGUCAGCAAAAAUGUAAAGAGCUCUUUGAGCAUUUGCAGAAGUAUCGUGGUGUCAGACAUGAGCUGGAAGCAGGCUUUUCAUGGUCUCUUAUUCAUAGAACGGACAAAGACUCAGAUAUAUCUCUUCGAGGGCUUCCUCAACGGGUGGAAUGCAAUUCUAAGCUGGCUGUUGCACAGACUGUUAUGGAUGAAUGCUUCUUGCCAAUUGUGGACAGGAGGAGUGGGAUUAAUUUACUACAUAACGUUCUUUAUAACAGUGGAUCAAACUUUAAUCGGCUAAACUAUAGUGGCUUCUACACUGCUAUUUUGGAGAGGGGUGAUGAAAUCAUUUCGGCAGCAUCUAUCAGGUUCCAUGGGACCAAGUUAGCAGAGAUGCCAUUUAUUGGAACUCGGCAUGUAUAUAGGCGUCAAGGGAUGUGCCGUCGGCUUUUUGCUGCUAUUGAAUCAGCUCUCUGCUCUCUCAAGGUUGAGAAACUUAUCAUUCCUGCUAUUGCUGAACUUAUGCAUACAUGGACUGUGGUUUUUGGUUUCACUCCUCUCGAGGAAUCACUCAAGCAAGAAAUGAUAUCGAUGAAUAUGUUGGUCUUCCCGGGUACAGAUAUGUUACAGAAGCCACUACUGGAGCAAGAGAGCAUUGAGGGGAAUGUGACCUGCAAGACAAGUGCAAAGCAAAAGGUGUGCAAAAACAAGCUUUCUACUAAGCCUGAGGUGGAAAGUAAAUCUGAUAUGGAUUCUCCAGUGGGGCAUGAUUCUCGUGGGUGUAACAGUGCUGGGCAUGAUCCUCAUGGGUGUGACGAAGCUGGUUUGUGCUGUGCUAAUGAGAUGACUGAUGAAGCCACUGACAAUAAAUCUGGUAUGGAUUCCACUGCUGUGCAUGAUCCACAUGGGUGUGAUGAUGCUGGUUUGCCAUGUGCCAAUGAGGUAAAUGAUGAUGUUGGAGCUGCAGAUUCUAAUUCUUUAGAUGCUUCAUAUGAAGUUAAUAUUCCCGUUUCAGUUCAGCUGACUACGUGUUUCAAUUCUUACUUGGAGGACAAGCUAGCUCAAUCUGCAUCUGGCAAGAAGUUUAUGUCCCCCUCCGAUAUGAUUCAUGAUGCACUUGAGCAGGGAAAUAAACUGGAAAUGGAUUGUCCUGUCGUAGAUGAUGGCCAAUCUUGGAAAGAGAAUGACAUGGAUGAAGCCCUGGAAGUAAACAUUAACAUUGACUGUCUUGAGCCUGUUCCAUCUUUAGGGGAAAUUUCUGCAGAGAACACCACCAAGGAGAUCAAUGAAAUCUAGAUGUCUCUGAUUCUAGUCAAACCGGCCCUGCUGAGAGUUCCUUGCAAGUUAAAUCUGAUUAAACUAUUCUAGUUGCAGGACUCCGAAAAAGCCGAUUGCAUGCAUCUGAUGACAAUUCUCUUACUGAUGCACUUGAUGGGAAGACUUGUUAACGAGUGUCAUCUAUAAGGUUCUAGACUAACUUCUAUGCAUCUCAAGAUUAAUUUCUCUCAGAAAGUUUGGAUGUAGCCUUUUGAUGCAAGCGAUUUGAUUUUGUGCUCACAAAGUCGAUGGUGGUGUUGCCAGUUCAAGGAGGAUCCUUGGAGGUUUGAGGUGGCGUUUUGAAAUGCUCUGAGCACAUCAUCGGAAAGUACUCAUGCCGCUUCACGGUGUAUAUACCUGACUCUGCUGCUGUAGAAGUGGAGUUUCUCACUCCAAAGACCCUUGUUACAGCAGAGUUUUGCUAUUUAUCGUCGCAUGACAUGGUUGUUAUGGAUGAUGUUCGAGUAGAUCUUCUCCUUUGUUUCUAGUGCUGGCACCAUGUUCCUAAUAUAGGUCAGCCACAAUUUGCUUGCCUGGAUAAAUUUUGAUCUGCUCAUCGGCUACCUUGUGAGCAACAAGACAUGAUGCUCUUGAUAGUGCUUCGAAAGACUGAGUUCCCAAGAUGAAAGCCUCGAGUUCCCAAGUUGAAAGCCAACAUGUUGUAAAUGUUCAAGUUGGGGCUAGGGUCAUGAUCUGAAAUGAAGACGGGCUCUGCUAAUAUGAAUUUUUUUUUUCAAGGCAUUUAAAUGAGAAUGAGGAUAUCCUGCACUGAGUUUAACAUUCUUGAGAUCUUUAGAUUCAUUGGACGUUAAUGGUAUCUCUUUUGUAUGAUUGCCUUUUCCUCGGAGCUCUUCAAGUUGGAUUUA